AUGGCAGAAGCUUUUGCAGCCGACAUUGCAAGAUCCCUUUUAGGGAAGCUAGAUGAACUAGAGGGGCCUAGAUGCAAAGCAGAUUUUGAGAAAUGCUUGACAGAAUUUAAGCAUUUGCGGUCGUUAGAAUUAAUGGAUGAUUGUGAAUUGAUUCCAGAAAGGAUUGGUGCUCUAAAGCAUUUGAGAUAUCUCCAUUUGGGUGGGAAUUCAAAAUUGAAAAGAUUACCAAACUCUAUUUUCAGAUUACAAAAUUUGCAAGCUCUACUUCUAGGCCGUGGAUUGGAAGAGCUGCCCAAAGAUGUGAGGUACAUGAUCAGCCUUAGAUUUUUACUUCUAGUUACUAAGCAACGGCGGUUGCCAGAAGGUGGGAUUGGGUGCUUGGAAUGCCUUCAAUCAUUAUUCAUUGGUGAUUGUGAAAAUCUCGAAUAUUUGUGCGAAGAUUUGCAAGGUCUUAAAAGCCUUCGAAAUUUGACUAUUAUUUCAUGUAAAAGCUUGAUCUCUUUGCCACGGAGCAUGAAAUACCUUGCUGCAUUGGAGUUUUUGUGUAUUAUCGAUUGUGAAAAGCUUGAUCUGAUGACAAUGGAGGAAGAGUACGAGGAAGAAAUCACACCACUUCCCCUUCAAACUGUAAUAUUUGCAAGUUUACCAGCAACACUAGCAUUACCAAAACAGAUUCUUCAAGGAUCUGCAGACUCCUUACAAAAAUUAACGAUUUCAGAAUGUCCAAACAUUAGAGAAUUGCCAGAGUGUGUCGGCAAUCUAAAUAAACUCCAAAUGCUAGUGAUCGAGAAAUCUCCAAGUCUGAGCAAAAGGUGCACAGGAGAAGAUUGGCCCAAGAUCGCUCAUAUUCCUAAAAUUGAUAUUUACGAGCUGGACAGUGAUGAAGAAACAUCUAAUUAG